GCAGGAGGACCGGAAACCGUCUUUUUAAUAUUGGUUGCGGUCGUGUGGCGGAGUAGCAGCCGGGAUGGAGCGUGUCCCUAAGGGGUCCCGGAAGCGACGGAGUAACCACUGCCAGCGCUUCAGCUAUAUCUGCCUCAAAUUCACCCUCAUAAUUUACUCCACCUUCUUCUGGUUGAUAGGAGGUUUCAUCCUCUGUAUUGGCAUAUAUGCAGAAGUUGAAAGGCAGAAAUACAAGACACUGCAAGGUGCCUUUCUAGCUCCAGCUAUAAUCCUGAUUUUGCUGGGAAUUCUGAUGUUUGUGGUGUCUUUUAUUGGUGUUCUAGCAUCUCUGCGGGACAACUUGUGCCUUCUUAAAGUGUUUCUAUAUACCCUUGCAAUUGUACUGAUACUUGAAUUGCUCGGUGGAGUUGUGGCAUUGAUCUUUCGGAAUCAGAUAGAUCACCUUCCAAGGACAGCCUCACUUUCCUAUAUCCUUGAGAAUGUCUUUCAUUGCCUUGAGAUCAAGACAUUAGACUUUAUAAAUGAAAACAUCCGUAAAGGCAUUACACAUUAUUAUGAUGAUCUGGAUUUCAAGAACAUAAUGGAUUUUGUCCAAGAGGAGUUUAAAUGCUGUGGUGCAGAGGAUUUCACAGACUGGUCAACGAAUAUAUACCAUAAUUGUGAAGGACGUGCAAUUGGGCCACUUGCUUGUGGUGUACCUUACUCAUGCUGUAUACGUAAUAAGACAGAUGUUGCCAAUACAAUGUGUGGUUAUAAAACCCUUAAUCAAAAUCGUUUGAAUCUCUUUCAUAUCAUCUACGUCGGUGGAUGCACAGAUGCAGUGCUGAAUUGGUUCUUGGGACACUAUGCAGCAAUGGCUGGCCUUCUGCUGGGUAUAAUUGCACCACAGUUUUUUGGUGUUUUAAUAACUUGGCUGUAUAUCAGCCGGCUGGAAGAUAUCAUCUAUGAGUAUGAUGCCGUGGAUAGUGGCCUGAUGAGUGGACCAUCUAGCAGACGUCAGUGUGAAGAUGUAAGCACGUCGGGGACAGGGUGCUGCUGGUGUUUACCUGCUCUCGAUGCUGUUGUAUGAGAUUUUUUGUAUGGAGUAAUUAUAUAGAUUUACUGAUGUCUGGGAGAGCAGUACAAGGCUGUAAUAGUCCAGGAAUUCUGAUAGUGACAAAAGAACGAGAGUUCACAUUGCAGCAGUUUAAAAAGAUAAUACAAAUCCAUCACAAAAAGAAAAUUUUGGAACUACACAGCCAGUUUCUCAAUAUUUGAACAGAGGGAAGAUUGUGCACAGUUUUGGGUGGAGAUCAGAGAUAACAGAGACUAUGCCCAAAUUGUAAAUCCAGCUUUUAGGCUCUCAGAUUCUGGAAGACCUGGGGUGUAUUACCACCAUUUUUGGUACUCUUCUUAGAUUUCUUACUACCUUGUAACACUCCCAAGCUCUUGUUCUUCCCAUUUAAUGUAUAUGAAGCAAUAUGUCCCACUGCACUUUGUUGAAAUGCUUUCCUGUGAACAGCACAUUUUAGUGUCAGAGCAAACAAGCUUCCUUAUAUCUGCAAAUUCUCGAGGGCUUGUUGUUUUACUAUACCUGGUCUUAAGAUCAACUGGUUUGUGACUGCAAAUGUUUGCAAAGUUUACCAUAAAAUCUUCUGACUCAAUGUUACCGCUCUCACCAUGAAAACCUUAAAACAACUUUCAACCCCUUAGAAAUAGUAUAACCAUUUUCUAGGAGCGAUAGCUGCUUCAUACUUGUGCUCCACCACAUUGUGACACUGAACAACACCUUACAAACUGAGACAAGAAUCAGGAAGAAGUACCUUUUGUACAUUAUGAUCAGGGAUGAAUUGCAGAUGUGGUCUUGGGUAUGGACCUGUAUCCGCACAGUUGACAGUGUUCCAACACCACCGCCCCCCCCACCAACACCCCCCCCCCCUCCCCAAUUCCCGUAUAAAUUAUGGGCUUAUGUGGUUCAUCCCACACCAAUCUGUGUUCCAUCAGGUGAUCAUUCAGGAUUUUAGGCAAUCAUAAUAUGUACUGCUACUGACAGGUACCUCCUGCUUUUUAAAUUAUUUUCUUUAUUUUGACUGUAUUACGUAUCUAAUUGCUAAAAGGAUGAAACUACAAAAGCGAUUUUGCUGCCAUGACCUGUACACAAGGACUUUUGCCUGCUGAGAAGUAUGCAUCAGGAAAUCUCAGCAGUGAUAUUUCUUUCCAUUAAAAUGAUUAGGCAAUUUCCUGAUAUGUACAGCUGGCGGGAGAUUCCCUGCAAGUUCAUCAGAAGUUUGGUGUGAUUACAAGUUUUCACGUUUUUUGCAAAAUUCAUUUUGAUGUAACAAAAUUGUGUUUUAUUAACUGAAAUUUUACAUUGUUUAGUAUGUCUUCCUGAGAUUCCAUAUACACAGGUUUUUGUUUAAAAUUACAUUUCAAAGGUUUAUAAAUUUCUUAAAUAUCAGCAGGUUUAUAUUCCACAGAUUUAAAGACAACAAUGGAAAGUUUUACUUAAAUAUUUUACACUCUCAAGAAUCACUGAUUUUCUGUGUCUCUUUAAAGUUAACAUUUUCCUAACAUUUUCAUACUGAUUAAUAUGUGUUAUUUUGUUUAUAAUAUAUGAUUUGGCUAAUCGUCAAACAUUCACUUUAGGAUGCUGAGAUCUUCUUCCAUUGUCUUUGCCUCACUCUCACUUCUUUGGCUUUUUAAAUAUGGUGGCCGGACAUGAUGGCAGAGCGUGCGCCAUUCAGCCUGCCCUGCUGUGCAAGAUGUCGGGAAUGUCCAGAUGCAUAAUUAAUUACACCAGGGCCACAAGAAACCACGGGAUUUCCCGUCGGCCUCCGCAGUGGGAAGCACUCCCUGUCCCUGGUGCCGCCACGGGACUUCAUCCCGGAUGGGAAAAUUCCACCCCCUGUUUCUGUUUACUAAUGUUCAGCUCCAAACUGCCCAAAGGGACAGGUAUUGGAAAGUUCUGGUUAAAGUCAGUUCCUGCGACCACAUUAUUGGACAUUGUGCAAAUGCUCCUAACAUUAACACACAGGUGCUUCACCAGAAGCAUUUAACAUUACAUUCUUCACUUGUUAAGUGCACAAGCUUUCUUUUUUGCAAAAGAUUCAGAAUAAAACAUUGAUUUAUAGGCAUUACAAAUCAAUUAAUAUAGCAAUUAACAUUUUAAGUAUAUUUUAGUUGAUUGAAAAGUCUAUUAUAUAGCACUGGCUAGUAGUUUAAUGUGCAGUUUAUUGUGGUGCAGUUUGAUCAGUGUAUCAAGCAAUGACUAAUUUUAUGUGUUUUAUAUUCAGGAUAGUGAGAUAAGCUGCUUGUAACAGAGUGUGGUGACUGUACCACACAAAGUUCAUUCUGCUCUCUGCCCAUGGGACGCAGUGCACCACCUCAGUUUUUAAUGCCAGGUUCACAAGGAGAGAGUGGGCCAUGGUGUCACCAAAAAGUAGAAGAAAUUUUGUUGUACUUCUUUCAAACUUCUUACAGGUACCAGGGCCAAAUUAAAUCUCUGUUACACCACAAAAAUGGGUGCUCACAGAGCAUAACUGCAUUGUCCAAGAACUGGACUGACAGUAGAGAAAUAGAAAAUAAUUGGCUCCAUAGAGAGACAAAAGGGUAAAAGGUUUUCAUUUAUUGUUCACUCCUGUUAAACUGAAUAGCAAUCUGCCCGAUAAAACCUGGGAUCUUCCUUCCCUAUGCCUUCACAACCCUGUCUGCUCAGAGGUGCAGGUAGCCAGAAUGUCUGCAUUGAUAUCCGUCUUUAUGGGAAAUUCUGUUCUAGCCUCUCAUGAAUGAUGAGGACAAUCAUUCAGCAUUGCACAGAGCAGCAUGUUGAAACAUUCACUGUGUGGUCCUUAAGCAAGGUGGUACCUGGGUUUCGUAACACUGCUCUAAUCUCACAGCUGUCAUAAUGGGUGCAGUAUUGUGACAAUUACAAUUCUUGCUCUGUUUCAACAGAGAGGCUCAUGGCCCCUGGAACCUCCACUUUGUGCUCAUUCUUGACUCGCAUAUAAAAUCAAUAUGUCACUGUGUACUUGUCCCAGCCCAGAUGUUAUCACAUUGUUGCAAAGAGGAAACAAUCUUAAAAAAGCCAGUGAUUUAAUAAUGUUUUCUAACCUGCACCUACAAUGAUGAGCAUGAUUCCCUAAACAAGCAAUAAUUAAGCUAUGAAUCAUAUCAGACUCUAUUUACUUGACAGUUAGAAUUUGUGGCCUUAAACAAGUUAAAUCAGAAUGAAAAUCUCUUGGACUUCUCUCCAACCUAUCUACUGAUUCGGAGCAAGUUCACCUUAUAGCCUUAAAGAUUUGCACAGUUGCACUUUACUAGCUGACCAAUUCACUGUGCUUUACAUAUUCUCUUUCUUAUAAAACACACAAUGACAGGCUAGUAUGAGCAGCACCACGAGAUCCAUCACUAAUGUGUUCGGGAGUGCUGCUGCUCAUGUUGUUCUAACCAACUGCUACAUCAUCAAAAAGUUCCAUCCUUUAGAUGAGGCUUUAAAUCAAAGCUUUGUCUUCUUCCACAGAUGUUUUCAGAUUACAGUUAAAAUCCCAUAACAUUAUUGGAAAAAAAUCAAGAAGUUGCCGUCCUGUCAUGGUCAAUCUUUCCCCUCCUCAACCAACACCACCAAGAACUGAGUAUGUUUACCUAAGGGCCUCAGCUACUCAGUUAAGUAAGAGAUAUGCACUGUGCUAAUGUCUUCACCAACAUUCUCCUCAACACUCCCUCAAAUACCUUUGUUUCUAUCCUUUGAUCUGGUACCUUAUUCCAUACUAGCAAAAUGAAACUCCUCAGAAAAUGUUAAAAUAAAGUGAAGCCGGAUUUAACACACUAGAAGUAAUGAGCGUACUACCUGAUGUUUCACCUUGGUAACUUUGUAUGCUGUCUGUUUCCUCAAGUCUGACACUAGUGCUCCUUUAUAGAUGCUUCACGGGAAGCACUAAGUAAAGGUAGCUGCAUACUAAGAACUUUUAGCAAAAUAAUCCUAUACCUUUAUGAUUGCAAAUAGUUCCACAACAUGUGUGAUGCACUGGAUCCCCAAUCCAGUGCAUCUUCUAUCAUCUAAGCAGGUGAGGCUGGAUGGGCCAGAUGUAGCAUGAUCCUGAAAGACAGCAAACUGAUCUGUGUCCACUCCUGCCACUACCCUGCAGCUGGGCAUCGCUUCACCAAGUCUGAAGAUCUGCAUGAGGGCAAGCCUCUAGACAGCAGUGUAGUUCUGCUUUCCUGUGCCAGAAUUGUUCACUAUUCCAGAAUCAUCUCUCAGUUUCUGUUCUCUACAACAAACCAUGGACUUCUUAGUACCUAAGACUGAGACCAUCCAUUCAGCUGCCACAGCCACUUUCCUCCUUUCUCAUUGCUCUAGCCAAACUUCCUAAGUUUGCUCCUGCCCUAGCCCUGAACUCACAUCUUUCUCUGUUACAAGGGUAUGAAGACAGAGUUGGCUCAAGUGGAAUGAGAAAAUAUGUUAAGAGGGAAGAUGGUAGAUAAGCAGUGUCAGACAUUUAAGGAGAUAUUUCAUAACUCUCAACAAAAAUCUAUUCCAUUGAGGAAGAAAGAAUCUACCAGAAGGAUGCACCAUCCGUGGGUAACUAUGGAAGUUAAGGAUGGGGGUAUCAAAUUGAGAGGAAAGGUAUAUGAUACUACAAAGACAUAUAAUACUGGGAAAACUUUAGAAACCAGCAAAAGAUGACUAAAAAAUAAUAAAGAUAGAGAAAUUGGAGCAUGAGAGAAAAAUAGCAAGAAAUAUAGAAAAUACUAACCCAAGAACUAUCCCAAGAAUAGUUGAAAAUCAAGAGGAAAUGGAGAGAACUUAGCACAAUCACUAUCACUAGAGAAAAAGUAAUGGGAAUAAUGUCAGAUGAUAUUGUUAAUGGUUCCCUCUCCUCAGGUAUAGACCCUCUUUGUUUCAUAACAGUCAUCAUCAACUGCCUCCUCAACGAUCUACUUUGACUCCUCUGUCCUUGUGAAUUAGUGCUCCAUCUCCAACCUGCUUUUUCUUUUGAAAAUGCUUGAACAUGUUGUCAUCUCUCAAAUCUGUACCCACCUUUACCUCAACUCUGUGUUUGAAUCCUUCCACUCAGGUUUGUACCCCUGUCAUAGGACUGAAAAGGCCCUUAUCAAAGUCAUAAAUCAUAACCUGAAUGAAUGUGACAAAGGUAACUUAUCCCUGUCCAUCCUUUUUCACCUGUCUGCAGCUUUGACACAUUUGAUCACGCCGUUCUCCUCCAAAGCCUCUCAACUGUCAUCCAGCUAAGGGGGACUGCAGUCACUUAGUUCCAUUCAUAGCUAUCUAAUCAUAACCAGAGAAUCACCUGAAAUGGCUUCUCUUCCCACUUCUACUCAGUUACCACUGGAGUCUCCCACACGUCUAUCCCCUCCUAUUUCUUAUUUACAUGCUGUGCCUCAGCAACAUCAUCUGAAAACACAUCAGGUUUAUAUACACACCAGUGACACCCAGCUCUGCCUCACCAGCAACUCUCUUGAAGCCCUCCACUGUGCUAAUUUGUCAUGUCUUUCUGACAUCCAGCAUUGGAUGAGCAGAACGUUCCUCCAACUAAACGUUGACAAGAUCGAAGCCAGUGUUCUCAGUCCCUGCCACAAAGUCCAUUUCCUAACCAGCGACACUCCUCUCCCCGUAACUGAACUAGACUGCUGGCAACCUUGUCAUUAUAUUUCACCCCAAGAUAGCCCCGAUCGCAUAUCUGCCCCAUCACCAAGACUGCUGACGUUCACUUCCAUAACAUUACCAGAUUGUGAUCUGUCUCAGCUGUCCUGAUGCUGAAACACUUCCUCGUGCGUUUACUCCCCUACACUUGACUAUUGAAGUGCUCUCCUGGUUGACUUCCCAUCUUCCAGACUACAUAAACUUAAGCUCGUCCAAAGCUCUGCAUAACUCUCAGAAUCACAGAAUUGUUACAGCACAGAAGGGGGCCAUUCUGCCCAUCAUGUCUGCACCGGCUCUCUGAAUGAGCAAUUCACCCAGUUCCAUUCCCCCAUCUUCUCUUCAUAACCUUGCAUAUACUUCCUUUUCAGGUAACUAUCUAUUUCUCUUUUGAAUGCCUUGAUUGAACCUGCUUCCACCACACUCCCUGGCAGUGUAUUCCAGAUCCUAACCACUUGCUGCGAACUCGCACCUAAUCCAAUUCACCCAACUCCCCUUGUGCUUGUUGAUCUACAUGGGCUCCUGGCAGUGCCCUGAUUUUAAAAUUCUCAUUGAGAAUUGAGUUUUUGAGGAUAUAACAGAUGGUUCAUGGAGAUUACAGAAUGAUGUUCUAGCCGACAUGUAUCGCUCAACCAAUAUCAAUAAAACAGAUAAUGUCGUCAUUAUUGGCUGCCACAUUUGCUACAUUAUAGUGAUGACUACAUGUCAUUAACUAGAAAGCCUUUUGAGGAAUGCCAAGUCUGUGAAAGGCACUAUAUAAGUGCAAAUUCUUAUUCAGUUAUUAGGUUAAGUUGUGGUGAUAGGUAAAUUACGUAAAUAAUGAAAACUGUAUAUACUUUGACGAACUGAAUUGAUUUGUUUCUUAAUGCAGUUUUUCAAAUUGGACUUUAUGGGUGUAAAUAUGAGGCAUUUUUGGGUUGGAACCAGAUGCAACAACCUACUUCAGUAAAUAUUACAGCCUUGCAACAAGCCUGAUUUCGCUAUAUUGUGCAAUGCAUUGCAUCUCUUCUUAGCUACCCACAGGAACUACUGGUUUGGAGAUGGUCGGUCCAUAUCGAUCCUGACAGCAAUAUCCACUAACAGUUACUCAGUUCUGAGGUAUUGAUAAAGUGACCCACCCUGCCCUUCGGAUUGCAGUUUCAUCUUUGAGCAUUUCAUCACACCAAAUAUUUUAGUUAGGUAAGGGUGUUCAGGUUAUGGAACCAAGGCAGAUAGAUGGAACUCAGACACAGAUCAGCUUUGAUCUAAUCAAGUUCCUGAGCAGGCUUGACAAACUGUAUGGCUUGCUCUUGUUUCAGUGUUCCAAGGCAGAGUUUUUUGCAACCUACAUCAUUAUAUUAAGUUGGGUAUAAAGAGCAUUUUCAAAAGUCAUCAAGUUUGACAGGUAACACUGACAUUUUUUUUCAUAGAUCCAUCUAAUUAUUGUCUAUCUUUGGCUACAUUCAUAAGUUGUACUGUUCAGAGAUAAUUGUAUUUUGUGCCUUUUCUACUGUUUUUUAAUAAGCUGACUGGACAACAAAAGUAAUGUUCUGUCAGCCUGCACUAUUUUUGGAUAGUGUGGUGUUUCUGACUACUACUGCAAAGGCCUUUUAAAUGAUGUUUACUCUUAUGGAUUUUAUGAUUUUAAUUCUGUGAUUUUGAAAUUAAAAUGUUUUUUUAAAAUCUGAUUUAAGUGCUUUUUUCUGUAUAACAGUUUAACAAUAAAAUCUGAGUGCUAAUUCUU